CAAACAUGGCGUCCUCAAUGUCACUUUUCGGUUUAGGUCGUUUGUCUCUCAGCAACGUAGCUUCCAGGAUCCUACUGAAUCCAGCCAGGACAUUAUGCUGAGUGAGCCCUUCCUUGGCUGAGUGGAGAUGGCCCUGCGCCGCUCAGUGUCAGGAUACGGCUGCACUUUCACAAAGAGCUCCACAGUCCCCGCCUGCCAGUCACCCAGCAGCCAACAGUCUGCAAGCACAUCAGCAUCAAGGCUGGCAGAGAAAGCAGAACAUGACACGCAACUUAUUACUGUUGAUGAGAAAUUGGACAUCACAACUCUGACGGGGGUCCCGGAGGAGCACAUCAAAACCCGCAAGGUUCACAUCUUUGUCCCCGCCAAAACAGCCAUGCAGUCUGGCAUCAACAGCACCAAGAAGUGGAAGAUGGACUUUGACACCAGAGAGCGGUGGGAGAACCCGCUGAUGGGCUGGGCCUCAACGGCCGAUCCUUUGUCCAACAUGGUGCUCUCGUUCUCCUCAAAGGAAGACGCCAUUGCUUUUGCUGAGAAAAAUGGUUGGAGCUACGAAGUCACAGAGAAGAGGACCUCAAAGCCCCGGGUGAAAUCGUACGGGGCGAACUUCUCCUGGGACAAGAGGACCCGGAGGUCCGCAAAGUAAACGGAAGGAUCCAUCUGUUUCCUGUCCCGACCUGCGUGUGUCCUGCUGCGGACUUGUUUCAUUCUUGUCAAUAAAUGCAUAAUUAUAUAUAAGAAAACUAAACAA